UAAACAAGCCUAAGUAGAGAGGUUCAGAAUCAAACCGGAAAAAGAAGAUUGGACGGUGAGGAUUGAACCGGAGAAAUGUCGUGGCAGGCGUACGUGGAUGAUCACUUGAUGUGCGACGUCGACGGCCACCACCUGACCGCCGCGGCCAUCGUCGGUCAUGACGGUAGUGUGUGGGCUCAGAGCUCAAGCUUCCCUCAGUUCAAGCCGGAAGAAGUUGCAGCGAUAAUGAAAGAUUUCGAUGCGCCAGGGUCUCUUGCCCCAACUGGAUUGCACCUUGGUGGCACAAAGUACAUGGUUAUUCAGGGGGAGAGUGGAGCCGUAAUUCGUGGAAAGAAGGGUUCUGGUGGCAUUACUGUGAAGAAAACCAGCCAGGCUAUGAUUUUAGGUAUUUAUGAUGAGCCUUUGACACCCGGACAGUGUAACAUGAUCGUGGAAAGGUUGGGAGAUUACCUGAUUGACCAGGGCCUAUAGGAAACUUUAACAUCAUGGUUUGCAUAUGCAUAUUUUUUUCUGAGAUUUUGGGGCUUGCAUGUACUUCCUGCUAUGGAUUUGAACCGGCAGUGUGAGUUGUUGCUGAAAAUAACCAUGUGCUGACAGUGAGACGGAAGCAAUGACUAUAUUGGUGUGCAAAGAUUGUUUAUUGUUCUCCCACUUUGUAUUUAUUUACCCACGUGUUACUCCACUCUUGAGUAUGCUUUUUUAAGUUUAAAUUUGUUGUGAUUAUGAUAAACUUUUGCAUUCAUUCUUAAAUAAAUGUAUUGCAUUUAUUCA